AUGAGACAUAAUACUUCCAUUUUCAUGAUAUACCAUGCAUGCUGUCACGGUGGUCGCUCACGUUCUCACGACGAACGUCGUAAAGGAUGUGGGGGGUCUCUAUCACCUUCUAGUGACUCUAGCUCGUCAAGUACAAGCUCUUCAGAGUUGGACCUGUCAGUAGGGUCCCUUCCCGACAAUGAGGACCUCAAGAACCAGCAGCUGCCCGUCGUCAAGCAGUGCUUGAUGGAAUGGCUGAAUCAGCCGAUCACGGAAGAGAUUGUGAGAAAUAUGCGACCAGAGAUCCAUUUAGCGAAGGAGGAUGUGUCUCUGCAAAAAGGCCGAGAUUUAGACGCAAAAAGGGCACAAAGGAAGGAGCGAAGAGACGCGAGAAAGGGACGAAGAUUGGUACGGAAAGCCCCGAGAAAGGAGCGACGUUUAUUGAGGAAGAAGGCGAAGAGAUUGAAGAGAGAAGGCAAAGGAAAGGGAGGGGACAAGAGAUGCGGACCAACAGGCGCUGCAGGGACUGGCCCUCCUUGGAUGUCCCGCGGAGUACCUGGACCUGAUGCCUCGCCUUCAGACCCAGCAGGUAUGGAACCAAUACCGAGGGCAACUCCAUUCGUGCCUCCUCCCACUCAAGCACCGAGCUCUCUGUCCGGUCGAGGAGGUAGUCAAAUGCCGCGUAAGCCUCCUGGAAUUGCAGUAGCGCAUACCGGCUGGCCCUUCGAUCAGAAACGAGCCUACCCAAUGCCAUCUAUAGAAAUUUCGGAGCAGUUGCAUGACCAAGCUCUGCAAUUUGAGAGAUCAGCUGAGCUGAAAGAAGCCAGGGCCAUCGAGUUGCGGACUGCUGCUACCGGGAAAGACAUAAGCGAGAAAGUGAAGCUAAAGAUGGAUGAGGGGGGAAAUUUGGAGGAGGCGGAGAUGUACAGAAGGGAAGCUAAUAGGCUGAAAGCGGAGCCUUUGUAUUUGGAUGGGGAGAUGGCGAGGGAGUUGCAAGAGGAUAUUGAGAUUCAUGCGCGAGGGCAAGAGUCAGGAAUUAUACCGGGGCCAUCCGUCCAAUGA